CCCAGCUUUCUCCCAAACACUCCAAGCUCAGAUGUAGAUCAAAAAGUCCUGCUGAUGGUACUGCAAGAAGACCUGUUUUAUCUGUCAGUGCAAGAAAAAUUAAAGAUAAUGCAGCAGAUUGGCAUAAUUUAAUGAUGAAAUGGGAGAGACUGAAUGAUAAUGGAUUUACCACGGCAAACAAGAUAGUCAACAUGAAGAUCAGUGAGCAAUUUCAAGACAACAAACUGGAGAUAGCAUGUGAUAACAGUGCCACAGAAUCUGAAAAGCCAACUCCAAAAUACAAUGAAGAACUGGACGAUUGCUGUGCAGAAUUACUUGAGACUUUAAAGCAUAUGACAAAAAUACAACUGAAAAUGGAAAAGCUUACUUCGACUACUAAAGCAAUUUGUGACUUGGAAACAUUCCACCACAGAGCUGGUAAUUGCACAGCACCCUUCUUUCAUACAUGGCCCACACCUUACUUCUAUGAGGUUUCUCUGAAGCUCUCUGAAAUGUACAAGAAGGAGCUACAACUCAAGGAAACAAUUGUACAAGAAAUUGCUCAUUCUGCUGACCAGGACCUGAUGAUGGUCUACUUAUCAUCAUGGUUAUACCAGCCUUACAUUGAGAACAGCAGCAAACUACUACUUGAAGCCAUGCUGCUGGAAACAGGACACAGACAGUGCUAGAAUUUCAAAUGUUACAUGGCUUGCUUCUAAUGAUGCUUACAUGAAAUUGAAAUGGCAAAUUGCAAGGCUUACCAAGUAAGCUGAAUUUUUGUAAAACUUAGUAAAAAUAUUUUUCUCUGUUUGAGUUUAUUAUUUUGUGUCAGCUGAUAGUCCUUUGUCUUCAUGGGACAAUCUGGUUUUGGUUGCUUUAUCCGUUUUAAUUGCAAUAGAGAGGCUACAGGUAGGAGGCCAAGUCCCCUAUAAGCAGAAGGAGGUAAGCACUACUUGGUGGUCUGGGGGGAUUAAAUGCACAUAGACACCUACAGCAAAGAAUUUAACUGCUUUCCAAGUCUUGACAGUCUAAAAUACCUACAUUGUCCCUUUCACCAUAGAAAUUCAUCACUUCUUGAUCUUUCGUGGUUGGUU